AUGAUGAGCCUCCCGCCGCUGCCUUCUCGAGGUUCAGGAGGAGGUGGGGGGACAAAUGCUGCUGGUCUCUGUGGGGGAGUCUGUCCAACUUCAGCGCACAAGCCGCCGUCCUCCCUGACGGCUCGGUUAAUCCAAGUUGAGUGUGGGGAGCUGGCUGCUUCUCUCCCGUACGGACUAAAAGGAGCCUUGUGCCAGGCCCUCCCCUCGCUCCUCCGACUUCUUAUGCUCCGGAGCUGA